CCCUCCUGCGUUAUCUGCUAACCAAUAACCUCUAACUAUUAAACACUAACCCGUAUAAACACUAACAUAUAUAAAGUACUAACUUCUAACACUUCCCAUCAGCCUAAUCUGAAACAUGCCAGAGGAUUCUUCACUAUUAAUCAAAGAUAACCACAGGAAAUAACCAUGACCCGUAGUUUAGUGUGUAUUUUCUUUGUGAUACAUUGCUUUCUUCAAGUUAAUGGUGAAUUUGACCCAAAUGCAGUUCCUCACACAACUAAAGCUCAACUACUUAAAAGCAUUGCAGCUGGAGAUGAAGAAAUACUUGUUUAUUUUUACACUUCAUUUGACCAAUGUCCUGAUUGUAAAGAGAAAAUGCCAAGUUUUCAUGAAGCUGUUGAAUACUUAGAUAAACUUGAAGAUGGAAAUGUCAAAAGUUACAAGCUUGCAGUUAAGUUCCCAGAGUAUGGUGUCAACAACUUUCCACAGUUGUUACUUUUCAUUGGAAACACUCCUUUUAAAUACGAUAAACCAGAUGAUUAUGGACCUGAUAGCAUUGUGGAUUGGAUUGAAGAAGCAAAACAAACUCCUAUACCUGAAUUAACAGAAGAAACAUUUGAGCAUUUAACUCAAUCUUCCACAGGUGCUACAACUGGUGACUGGCUUGUCAUGUUUGCAGAUGGGAAAAGACCUGACUGCAUGAAGCCAAACCUUCCAGACAUUGGGACAGCAGCAGUUAGGUUAAGAAGAAGGAAAAAUGUUGCAAUAUUUGAUACGAGUUCAAACUCCAGCACUGUGUACAGAUUUGGGAUGAAUCCAGUUGGCCACUGUGUUAAAAUUCUGUUCAUCAAAAAGACAGAGGUGCCAAUGAAACAUGCACGUGGUAACUUGUUAUCAUACAGUUUCCACCGAACAGAUCUUUAUCAUUACAAGAGUGAGGAUCUGUCAUCCACAUCUCUUGUUAACUUUAUGUUAGAGGGAUACACUAAACAGGAACCACUGACUGUACCCCCGCCGUUAGAUAAAUCAAGUGAGAAAUUGGAAGGAAUGAUAGACCAGCUUCACGGCUUAUUUAAAGACCACGCAAGCACAAGUGAACUUGCUUUUAUGAGUGGCGUAGCAUGCGGUCUCGUCUUUGUAGUAUGUGCUGUAAUAUUUAUUUUGAAGCGAUACCAGAAACGAAAGCUAUUGUAAAACUUUUUUUGUUUUGUGGGGUGUAUUUACAAAGGGCAAAAUUUACGUUUUGCGUCGUUUCCCUUCUGUUUGAGGUGCAUCUUUUUCCUUGCCAUUUUGAAAAUAGUUAUUCUUAUAUUGGUUGCUCAACGACAAAUCUUAGCAAAUUCUGUUCGGAGUAUUUUUCUAAAAAUGUUAUAAACGAAAUUAAGCCGAUAUGCGGAAAAGUUUAAAUGUGAAGUUUAUUGGCGCUUGGAAUGGCGAUCAUCUGUAUUGUAGUUGCUGAGGUAGUGUUUGUGUAUAAUCAUAGAAUGCACAAAGUGCAAUAAAAGUAAAGUAAAUAAGUA